AUGGAGCCCAAAGGUGCCACUGGGAAAGAAAACAUGGGCACCAAGAGAAAGAACCUGACCUUCUUGAGGCCCAGGAUGUAUAUGCUGGAGAGACGGAAGACUGACACUGUGGUUGAGAGCAGUGUUUCUGGGGACCACUCUGGUACUUUGAGGAGGAGCCAGUCUGACAGAACUGAAUACAACCAGAAAUUACAAGAAAAGAUGACUCCACAGGCUGAGUGUUCUGCAACUGAGACGCCAACCCCAGAGGAGGAGCAUCAGAGAAGGAAGAUGAUGGCAAAGCGGGCAAAAAUCAUCAAGGAGUUAAUACAGACAGAAAAGGAUUAUCUCAAUGAUUUGGAGCUGUGUGUUCGGGAAGUGGUUCAGCCCCUGAGAAUGAAACAGAUUGACAGGCUGGAUGUGGAGAGUUUGUUUAGCAACAUUGAAUCUGUGCAUCAGAUAUCAGCCAAGCUGCUGUCCUUGUUGGAAGAGGCCACAACUGAUGUGGAACCAGCCACACAAGUAAUCGGAGAGGUAUUCUUGCAGAUUAAGGAGCCGCUGGAAGAUAUAUAUAAAAUCUACUGUUAUCACCAUGAUGAAGCGCAUAGUGUGCUGGAGUCCUAUGAAAAGGAGGAAGAGCUGAAGCAACAUUUGAGCCACUGUAUCCAGUCCUUAAAGAAAAUAUAUGUGCAAGAAGGCAAAUCAAACUUAUUGGACAUGGGCUCUUUGAUGAUCAAACCAAUUCAGCGUGUGAUGAAAUACCCCCUGUUACUGUGCGAACUCCGGAAUUCUACCCCUCCUUCUCAUCCAGAUUACAGAGCACUGGAGGAUGCCUUUGCCGCUGUGAAGGACAUUAAUGUGAACAUCAAUGAAUUUAAAAGAAGGAAAGAUUUAGUUCUAAAAUACAAGAAGAAUGAUGAGGAUGAAUCUCUUAAAGACAAAUUAUCCAAACUAAAUAUUCAUUCAAUUAGCAAGAAAUCAAAACGAGUGACAAAUCACCUAAAGAUUUUGACCAGAGGGGAAUCACAGGUGAAAGAUAAUACCUUUAACAGAGAAGAAAAGCUGUUUAGAGCUUUAGAGAAGACUGUGAGGCACUGUGCAAAGAAUAUUUCAUUCUGUCUCCAACACAUACAGGAUGCCAUGCCUAUCGCUCUCCAGAGUGUGAGGGAGCUCCAGGAGAUUUCGUACAACAAAGAUGAGGAGGAGGUGGGCUAUUCAGAGACUCUGAGUAAUGCUCCAAAUCCCUGUCAUGACUUUGCAUCUCACUUGCAGAGACUCGUCCUGAACCCCCUGUCAGCCCUGCUGUCCUUAUUCCCAGGACCUCAGAAGCUCAUCCAGAAACGCUAUGACAAACUGUUAGACUACAACAGCUACCUGCAGCGGUCAGCAGGAGAUGAGUCAGACUUGGCCAAAAAGGAAUAUGAAGCCCUCAAUGCCCAGCUGGUAGAAGAGCUCCAGGUGUUCAACCAGGCUGCCCGGAAGAUUCUGUUGAACUGUCUGUGCAACCUCAUCACCCUCCUCAGGGACCUGAUGCAUGCAGCACAACAGGCUUAUUCCACAGUUGUGCCGGCACCACUGUUAGUCUCAAGCAUCUCUGAGAUUCAGAAUCGAGUACUAGAAGAGGUUCACAAUCUGAAUUUUGUAAAGGACAAUAGUGCCACCUUUAUUGAGAGGAAACUCAGUUUUGAAAAGAAGAAGCCUGUGCCGGUUCUGCCAGAAGUGCCACGUCAAACUGACAUUCAUCGCUCCAAACUUCUGUCCACAUACAGUGCAGAGGAACUCUACCAAGCUAAGCGCAAGUGCAAUGCCACACAAGAAUAUGACAUCAACCUUUUGGAAGGAGAGUUGGUAGCUGUGAUGGAACAGAAAGAUCCACUGGGGAGUACUAGCAGGUGGCUUGUUGACACAGGAAUUGUAAAAGGAUAUGUGUAUUCCUCCUUCCUAAAACCGUACAAUCCAGCAAAAGUGCAGAAGGCUGAUGCUGAGAACAGGUUCUGUGACGAUGAUUUUGACAUCAGCCUCUUUGUGUCUUCUCGGCCAGCUAGUGACAGUGUCACAGGUACCCCAGAAGGCAGCAUAAGUGAUAGCAGCUCAUCUCUUAGUGGCACCUGUGGAAAGUUUGAAAUAAACGGCACUGAUGUUGACAGCUUUCAAGAGGUAGAUGAGCAGAUUUUCUAUGCAGUUCAUGCUUUUCAAGCACGGAGUGACCAUGAACUCAGCCUUCAGGAGUACCAAAGAGUCCACAUACUUAGAUUUUGUGAUCUAAGUGGGAAUAAAGAGUGGUGGUUAGCUGAAACUCAAGGACAGAAAGGAUAUGUGCCAGCUAACUACCUUGGGAAGAUGACUUAUGCUUAA